AUGUCGCUUCACGAUAUCCCCGAGUUCCUCCUCCUCUGCCGCGAGGACGAGUCGGUGACCGCCUUCGAGGAGGCGCUGGCGCGACAAUGGCCCGCCCACGCGACGGAGCCGAAAGUCCAGUUUCGCAUUGUGAGGCAAUCGCUGCGUGACGUGCCCGCCACUACCCCCUUCGACCUGAUCGUCUCCCCCGCCAACUCCUACGGCCUCCUCGACGGGGCCUUCGACGAUGCCAUCACCCGCAAAUUCUGCCUCCCCGACCAUCCCUACGAGACCCUGACGCGAGCGGCGCAGCGGGUCCUCUACGAGCGCUGGCGCGGCUUUGUGCCCCCCGGAACGUGCACGCUGGUGCCCUUUCCCGAGCCCUUGACCCCCAACGAGUGGGGGUGUCGGUGGGUGGCCCUCUGUCCGACGAUGCGCAUGCCAGACCGUGUGAGUUGGGAUCGCGAGGUGGUGUACGAGUGUAUCUGGAGUCUGCUGGGACAGCUAGAAGGGUGGAAUCGGGGGCGUGCGACCGAUCGCAUUGAGCGGAUCCUGAUCCCUCCGCUGGCCACCGGGGUGGGCAGGGUCAGUCCGCAGCGCUGGGCGGCCCAGAUGGUACUGGCGGUAAGACAUUUUGUGGAUGCGCUGGAGCGACCGGCGCACUGGAGCAAGAUGAACUGGCUGGAUGCGGCGGAUCAUCAUCGUGAUAUCCUCCCCACGUGGAAUAUGUGA